CCGAUCUUCGCGCCUUUGAUCCCACCUGCCAUCAGAAACUUCCCUCGCCAUGGCGUCACAACUGUUUGAUGAUGAAAAACGGCCCCAUGACCCGGCCCAGGUUAACGAGCUGGGGACCGACGCCAGUUCUACCGAGGUCUUGAAUGCGCUGAUGACCGAAGAUCACCAACAUGACAUCAAACUCCGAACAAUGACCUGGCAAAAGGCGGCUUGGUUGCUCGCGGGGGAUCAAGUCUGCCUGGCCAUCAUGGCGCAAUCAUGGUCGCUCUCGGUGUUGGGUUGGGUCCCUGGUAUUAUCACGAUGGUUUUGUCUGGUAUCCUUUUCUGGAUUACCUCCAUUACCAUGCACAAAUACAUCAUGAAGAACCCGCAAAUCAGGGAUAUCUGCGACUUCGGAUACUAUAUCUUCGGCAAGAGCAAAGUGGCCUAUAUCUUUUCCGGGUUCAUGUUGCUGGCAAACAACAUCCUCCUGAUCGGCUUCCACAUCCUGACCGGCGCUAAAGUGCUCGACACCCUGUCCGAUCACUCAUUAUGCACAGUUGCAUUCUCCGCCAUUGUUAUGAUCAUGGGCAUCGUGCUCUCCGCACCGCGCACUCUCCAGCAUAUCUCCUUCAUGUCGAUCUUUUCCUCGGCCUGUAUGGGUAUCGCAAUUCUCCUCUUCCUCAUUUUCGCGGGCAUUGAAAAAGCUCCGCUCUACGGCUACAACGGCGACUACCCGACCGAUGGCCUCGUGCACACCUACGCUUUCCCCCUUCCUGGCACCACCUGGGUAAACUGCAUGAACGCCGUACUCAAUAUCACCUUCCUCUGGGUCCCCCAGAUCCUCUUCCCGACCUUCAUCUCCGAGAUGGAACACCCGCAGGACUUCCCCAAAUCCCUCGCCGUUCUCGUCGCCAUCUCCACCAUCCUCUUCAUCGUGCCUCCGGCCAUUGGCUUCCAUUACGUCGGACAAUAUGCCACGGCCCCCGCCUUCGGUAGUCUGGGUGUCGUCGCGUACAAGAAGGCCUCCUUCGGCUUCGUCAUCGUCCCCACCCUCAUCAUCGGAGUCAUCUACGCCAAUGUCACCGCCAAGUUCAUCUACUGGCAGCUCCUGGGAAAGUCGCGACACGUGCACAGUAACACCUUCAUCGGGUGGGGCGUGUGGGGUGUCGUGAUGGUGGGGAUCUGGGUUCUCGGAUUUAUCUUCUCGGAGGUCGUCCCCAGCAUGGGUGACUUCCUCUCGUUGCUUAGCGCCGCGUUCGACUCGUUUUUCGGGUUCAUCUUCUUUGCCGUUGCAUAUUGGCAUCUGUAUAACGGGAAGCUGUUUGACGGGGCCUUCCGAUCCAUGAUGACCCUUAUUCAUGUGUUCGUGAUGGCAUGUGGCUUGUUUUUGCUCGGUCCUGGGCUGUAUGCCGCUGUUGAGGCCAUCAUUGCCGAUUAUUCGGGAUCGGUUUCGCCCGCUUUCAGUUGUGCCAGCUUGGGAAUUUGAGGCGGUUGGGGGUUUGUUUGUAGUAGGUGGUUUUAAUUCACGCCUAGUGUAUUUUUCAUGAGGAAUAUGAUUAUGAUGCUUGCAUGAGAC